AUGUCAGCCCCAAUCAAAACAAACUCCGCACACGCGAGCAAGGUCAAGCCGACGCGGUCGCUUCGGGAGAAGGUGCUGUCAAAGUCAGCGAAGUCAGUCGCCUCGGAAAGUUUGGCGCAACCAUCGCAGACGUGCACAGCGGACCCAAAGCCGAAAGCGGCCUCGGUAUCAGACGCGGCGGACCAAAGGACGGCAGUGCUUCAACAGCUGAAGAGCCCCGUCACAGCUUACAGCUCGGCCUGCUCGGAAGCCUCCGACCAGAAACGCAUGAGUGAAAAUAAGCGAGUCUCGGAGAUUGUAAUAGAAUGGGAGCAGUGCAACGUCUCCCCACCCAAACCCAUAAUAACAGACGAGGUGGACUCAGACGCUUCGAGCCGGACAGACUACACGUCCGGCAGGAGGGCGAGCAUCCUGUACAGGACACCGAGGAGAGGUACAGGUGUCCACAUGGACCUCGCCACAAGGGAGGCGAACACCCUCCUCCAACAAGGAAAAGAGGCGUUGGAGGCGGCCGGCAACAUGAAGCGGGAAUGCAAGGUCACCGCUCAGGAAAGCCUACAGGGCCUGUAUGAGACGGUCCUCUCCUUGUCGGACUCCAGGGCCAGAUAUAAGCACAGCCUGGAGAAAGAGAGGUCUCGGCACGCGCAGGAACUAGUGCGCGCAGAGCGGGCUCACACGAGGGACAUGCUCGCUCUCAAAGAGACCCUCGCCACGGAACUGUGCGGAGCAAGGGAGGACAUACGGGACACCCUGAAGGCCACUAAAAACAUCAGGGAGUGGCUAGGCUCGGAGACCCUCGAGGCGCUAAAAGCGAGCGCCGAAACGAAGAAAGGUGUCCAAGCGCUUGAGGCGACGAUAAGGAAAGAGGCGGAGAGCACGCGAAAGGAGAUAGCCAGAGGCUCAGGGUCGCCGGGAAAAGACAUCCCGAACCCAAUCCUUAUGCGCCUCGAGCUGAACAUCGCCAACAUAACAAAUCAGCUCGACACUCUCCGCAAACAGCUGGACCGCCUCAAGCAGACGCCAAAGUCUUCAGCCACCAGCAGCGCGCAGCCCAUCCAGCACGAAUGCUGCAUCACCCCCGCAAUGGUGACGGCCGCCUCCACGAUGGAAAGACUGGAGGCACAAGUGUUAAAACUGACCACGCAACUCACCACACACAUAAACAAACCCCCUCCUCCUCAGCAAGACAUCAGCCGACACUUCAAACCACUGAAGGAGAAGCUACAGUCAGUGUCCUCUGAUAUUAGAGACCUCCGCGACAGGCCAGCCCCCACACCCGCAGCGCCAAACCUGCAAUCGGAGCUCGCCAUCGUAGAGGUCAAGCGGACGCUGGCUGAAGUUGUCAAAGGAAUCGGCAAGAUGAGCGAUAGGACACCCGCUCCCCAACAACCAAAAGCAGCGGCAAAACCAACCGUCCAGCCACAGUCCGGACACACGUUAAUUGUCUCCUCCACAGAUCCGAAGCACACGGGAGACAAUGUCAUGGACAAACUUAGAGUGGCACUAGACCUGAAGAACUCGGGGGCGAAUAUAAAUAAAACAAGGAAGGCGAAAAACCAAAAGGUCAUCCUAAGCUGCGCGACACGAGAGGACAUGGAUGUCGUAAAGCGCCAAAUCAUCGGCAAAGAUGACCUGAAGGUUCAAGAGCCGAAACCGGGAAAUCCUCUGGUUUGUCUAAGAGGCGUCGAGGCCUACCAAACAGAUGCGGAAAUGGAGAGUCUCCUUUGGUCACAAAAUAGGAAAAUCCUCCAUGGCAUCGAACCGGGAAGCCAAACGCUGAAACUUAAAUUCAGGAAAAGAGCCCGUGACCCUGUUAUCUGCCACCCAGUCUUCAAGUUGUCCCCAGAACUGUGGAAACGGUUCACGCAAGGCAAAGCUAAAGUGUUCUGCGGCCUAAAGGGACCCUCCCUGUAG